AUCCAUCAUUGUAGUUGUAAAUAAAUAAAUUGUAACUGUAGUUAUGGCAGAUCCUAUCACGUGCCACAUCCUAAAUACUACGGUAGGUAAACCAGCUCACGAUGUACUCUGUCAGCUCUAUUAUUUAGGACCCCUUCAAGAUGCGGAUACUUUUGCUGAAACCACUGUUGAGUCAGGAUCAGGAACGGGAUCGGAUAUACAUCCGAUAGCCAUGGCUAAGACCGAUAAGGAUGGACGAAUUAAGAAGUGGAUAAUAGAUCCUUACCGAGAUACUAGUGAAGCAGGUAUAAGUAAUAAGAGUCAAUGGACUCAACCCAAACCAGGACUCUAUAAGAUUAAAUUCUAUACGGCAGGAUACUUUAAAGCCUUAGGCUCGGCAAGUUUCUUCCCGUGGAUCGAGAUUCAUUUCCAAAUUGAGGAUCCGGCCGAUGCUCAUUACCACAUUCCAUUAUUAUUAUCCAAUCAUAGUUAUACAACAUACAGGGGCAGUUAA